AUGGCACCGAGAUGCACGAACGCAGAUCAACCAAUGAAUAAGUGGGAAGAGAUGAGGAGAACUCUUGUAACCAUGCAGGAAAACAUUCAACUUACAAUUCAGAACUUGUUUCGCGAGUUUGCGGAAACGGUUCACCUUCGAGAUCGUGAUCACAAUAGGAGAAGACAACCGUCAGAGGAUGACUUAACCGAAGUGGAAGAUAACCCUUUUGCAGAGGAAGAGCAUCGUCGACACAUGAUUGACUUCCAGGACCAUGGUCAUGCUGAUCGAAAUUGGGAGAUGGGUUUUAAAGUGGAACUACCUGAGUUUCACGGAAGAGUACGUGGAGAAGAAUUUUUGGAUUGGCUCGUCGCUGUGCAGGAGAUGCUUGAAUUUAAGUGUGUUCCUGAAAACCGCAAGGUGGCCUUAGUUGCGACGAAAUUCCAGGGCAAAGCAGCGUCCUGGUGGUUGCAAGUAAAGACUUCUCGAGCUCGAGCGGGGAAACGUAACAUCGAUACGUGGGAAAAACUUGAGAAAGUGAUGAGGAAAGCGUUUCUUCCUUAUAAUUUUGAUCGAACGAUGUUUGCCCGUUUACAAAACCUUCGCAAAGGUUCUCGUUUUGUAGAUGAUUACGUAGACGAAUUUUCUUUGUUAUUAACAAGAAACGACAUCCUUGAUAGCGAAGUCCAGCUGGUCUCGCGUUUUAUUGGAGGCUUACGUCCUCAGCUUCAAAACGCUAUGUCUCAGUUCGAUCCUAUCACAGUUGCAGAAGCUCAUAGGCGCGCAAUAGCAUUUGAAACACAAUUCAAAAUGUCAGCUUCCGCAUGGUCGAAUUCGACGCGUGCGCGAGCAACUAUUGCCCCAGCUGACUCAAACCAGGCUGGUGCUAGCAAUAAAGAGGCUGCAGAGCAAGCGGGAGCACGAGCUGAUAACACUACACGAGUUCCUGCAGCAACUGAUGAACUCCGACGAUCUUCCCAGCCUAAUGCCUUGCGUUGUUUCACCUGUGGAGAGACAGGUCACAGGCAGACUGCUUGUCCGAAGGCAACUCGUCGGGGACUUCUAGUUGAUGAUGUCAAAUGGGAUGACGACGGAACAGAACAAACAGAGGAUGUUCUUGAUGUCGAGCUGGAGGAACGAAACGAAGGGGAUCGCGGCACGUUGCUGAUGUUACGCCGUGUCUGUCUCACGCCUAUGAGACAUGAUGACCAAUCGUGGCUGCGUACCAACAUCUUCAUGUCUACCUGCACCAUCAAGGGGAGAGUGUGUCGUUAUGUGAUAGAUUCUGGCAGCUGCCGCAACGUCAUCUCUGAGGACGCGGUGAAUAAGCUUGGUCUGCGUCGUUCUGAUCAUUCAUCUCCAUACAAGCUAGUUUGGCUACGCCAGGGAUCAGAAAUACGAGUCACCCAUUGGGUCUUGGUUUCAUUAUCCAUAGGGAACCACUACAAAGACAAAAUAUAUUGCGAUGUGGUGCCAAUGGAUGUGAGUCACAUUUUGUUGGGCAGGCCGUGGCAAUAUGAUCGAGACGUUUCACAUAGUGGCAAGACCAACGUCUACAGUUUCUUCUUUGAGAACAAACGUAUUGUGCUUCUCCCGCAACACAAUCUCGCGCCGCCACCAGCCCCGGCUCCUGCCGUUGCUCCGCCUCUACUGGAAGGGACGGGUUCGUGUAACACAAUGUUGUUUUGUUCUUAUGGGGCGUUCUCUCAGGAGUUUGAGGAAGAAAAAUUUGUCUUGGCCGUAGUAGAAGCGCCUUCAGCGACACCGGCAACAUCAAGUAUCCAUCCAGCCAUCAGUAAACUUUUAGACGAGUUUGCCGAUGUCUUUCCUCAGGACCUGCCAUUGGGACUGCCUCCCCUGCGAGAUAUACAACACAACAUUGAUCUCGUCCCAGGCGCGUCGUUGCAGAACAUACCACACUACCGCAUGAGUCCGCAGGAGCAUGAAGAAUUGCGGAAACAGGUGGAAUCAUUACUUUCCAAAGGCCAUAUCCACGAAAGCCUCAGUCCGUGUGCUGUGCCAGCUUUAUUGAUCCCUAAGAAAGAUGGGACUUGGAAGAUGUGUGUGGACAGUAGGGCGAUCAAUAAGAUUACGGUGCGAUAUAGGUUUCCGAUUCCACGCCUGGAUGACUUAUUGGAUCAGAUCGGGGCCGCCAACAUUUUCUCUAAACUUGACCUCAAGAGUGGCUAUCACCAGAUUCGAAUCCGCCCCGGAGAUGAGUGA